AUGUCAGCCUUAAACCCACCCAUCUUUCGACUCCCACUGGAGCUUACUCAACAUAUCGCCAGCUUCCUUCCUAAUGCUGAUCUAUGCGCUUUUACUCUUACUUGCUGCCGAUUCGCGGGUCAAGUGCUCUCCCCUCACUCCUCUAUAUGGGGGGAAAAGUUUCGAGACCAAUACGACUUAAUUGGGACUCGUAAGUCUAAGGAUUUGAAGAUCGAGUAUCAGACAAGAGCCCUGGUGCUUUCCCAAGAUAUUUCACUAGGACUUGGAGGGACAGAAGAAGGGUACUUAUGGCUUGAGGUUUUGCAUACUCUCCUGUUAGAAACAUACUUUUAUACAAGAAGGAGCAAUUCUUCAUACCCUUCAAAGAACUUGAUCAAGAUUGAAGAAGUGAUCCGUGACCUCGAUUUUCUUCAACGCCCACUACCUCAGUAUGACAAACGGACACAGUCGGAACCAUAUGACCUUUUCUGCGUGGUUCAGCUGUGCCUCACCCAUUUAUCUCUCGGCUUGGAAACAUCCGUCUUAUGCUCACGAAGUGAUUACAACAUUGAUCAUGUCUACUCUUACGGUAAACAAUUUCGCGUCCCAAUUGUCGUUAACAGUAGUGUGGACUUGCAAACUUUGCUGCAUAUACGCAACUUUUGGCAACGGCAUCUCACUAGCACUCGGGAAGACACAUUCUUGAACUCCUACAGAACCCUCAUUGAGAGACCAGAUACAUGGACUAGCCCUUUCAAACCCAAUGAUGAAUUCAAGGCCUCUUGGCUGGGGUAUUAUUCGUGUAUUCACCCAUACCCCAAAACAUCCAAGGCACUCAAAUCAGACCAAACAUGCGAGAAUUUAGGCAUACAUGGUCCAACAUUUGCGAAUUCUCUUAGGUUAAGUGUCAGUAAAAACCCGCAGAACUGGCCGGGUAUGUUCAAUACUAUCAUUCCCAUGUCAGAAAGUUCGCCAUCCAGAACCUUUUUUCGCGGCAUACAAAGGUAUCAUGACAUGAUAGAUAGUCCCACUUAUCUUGUCCGCGGCUUUCUUGAACCUAUCCUCGAAGCACAAGGAGACUUCCCAGGCUGGACUCGUAUCUGCUUCGUCGAUUAUGAUGCCAACAGGGAAUUUCUUCCACUUUUUGAUCAUAAAAACACUCACGAUGAGUAUCUCUCGUUUCCUGACGAGCAAUGGCCACCGGUUGACCUACACUCGGAUUUCCUUUCGAUUUAUGGAUUCGAAGGCGUUCUUUUGCCAGGGGGAAGAAUCAUAUUGGGACAGUGGCUAGAUAUGCAAGGCGAGGGUACUGGAGAAUGUGAUCGUGGACCAUUUAUUUUCUGGGAGAUGUAGGAAACCCAUAUCAAGACUCUUGUUCCUAGGGAUGGGGUUCAUACAAAGCAAGAAAUACAUGUACUUAGGAGUUUUUUCCCCAUCUUGAAGCAAAUAUUUCGCAUUUCAUAUAUUGGUUAGGAGUUUUAGAAAGC